GGCGAAUUAGAAGUUGUUGCUUCAUUUCUUGUGGAUAUUGAAAACAGCAUGGAACCCAGUGAUAUGGAUUUUGAUGAAUCUACAUUGACAGAAAGUCUUGAUAUUUCAUCUUUAAUAUCAAACUUGGACGAAGAUUUAUCACCAGAGAUGUCUCCUAUAUACCCUACACUGAACGGGAAGAAACAGAGCAGUACAACUAUACAGAGAGAUACACCAGUACCAAAUGAUGUAGCAGAACAGUGUGUUGUAGCAGAACAGUGUGACGUAGCAGAACAGUGUGUUGUAGCAGAACAGUGUGACGUAGCAGAACAGUGUGACGUAGCAGAACAGUGUGACGUAGCAGAACAGUGUGUUGUAGCAGAACAGUGUGACGUAGCAGAACAGUGUGUUGUAGCAGAACAGUGUGACGUAGCAGAACAGUGUGUUGUAGCAGAACAGUGUGACAUAGCAGAACAGUGUGUUGUAGCAGAACAGUGUGACGUAGCAGAACAGUGUGUUGUAGCAGAACAGUGUGACGUAGCAGAACAGUGUGUUGUAGCAGAACAGUGUGACGUAGCAGAACAGUGUGAUGUAGCAGAACAGUGCGAUAGAGCAGUGCAGAGAGAUGGACAGGAAAUAAUCGCAGCAGAGAGAAAAGAGAAACAAAAACAGUUGGAUACACGAAGUUAUCCAGAUGGCACUUACAUUCAAGUGAAACAUGGACUUGAUAUGUACCCCGCUGUUGUUGAUAACUGGCCAUGGGUAAAAUAUUUUCACAAAAUCAGACCUGGCCAAUGGACCAUGCGUGAUACUACCUACACCAUCCUCCAGGAAGAUGUCUGUUGUGUCCUUAAACCACCAGAGAUUGCACAGAAUGGUCGUCGCUUUUUCUACGUAUUUCAGGAUUUGGAUAACUAGCAGUCAUGAGUGAAUUAUUCAGUGAUGUGUAGACCUGAUAGGCACUUUAUAAAAAGACCAGAUUUAAUGUGAUUUGAAAUGUUUAUUCAUAAACAGUAUCAAAAUUGUCAAUUGGUAACAAUAUCAACAAUUUAAUCUGUCAUUUGAUGACAAUAGCAACAAUUUAGUCUGUCAUGUGAUGACAAUAGCAACAUAGUGAUCUGUCAGUUGCUGAUGAUAGCAACCAAAUAGUCCAUCAAAAUACUGAUGAUAGCAACUUUGGUUAUUUUUAAUCUAUCAAUAUAUGAAGGUUUAUACACUUUGUAACAAAAGUUAUUUAGGUCAUCUGAAUAAUAUAUUAUAUUUCUUGGUCAUGGAUAUACUGUUUAAGCUUAACUUCUCAAGAUUUUCUCAUUGACUUUGUUGCUAUUGUCAUAAAAAUUCCGUCAAAUUUCUGUCAAAUUUUUACAAUAGCAACAAUGAAUUUUUAAAUGUCAAUAAAAUUAAAAAUAAAGAGGCCUGUGUUUUUAUUUUUUAAUUUUGUGUCAUGUGAGGUUCAUAUCUACAUCAUAAAAGCAUAAAAAUUGUGAAAAGAAAAGAUUUCAAAAUGACUUGUUACAAUU